AUGAUACUAGAAGACUAUAGGAUAUAUGGAGAUGUGCUUGUCUUUGAUACAACAUACAGAACCAACAGAUAUAAUCUUAUAUGUGCUCCAUUUGUUAGCAUAAAUAAUCACUGGCAUAAUUGUAUGUUUGCAUGUGCUUUUAUUGGGAAUAAAAAAACAGAUUCAUUUGUGUGGCUACUAGAAACCUUCUUGAAAGCUAUGGAGAAUAGAACACCAACUUCAAUAUUCACUGACCAGGACCAAGCAAUGGCAAAUGCAAUUGAGCAGGUGCUUCCUAAUACAAGGCAUACACUUUGUAUCUGGCAUUUGGAACAAAAUGCCAUAACCAGAUUUGGGGCUCUUAAAAAAGACAAAGAAUUCAAAGAUUUCUUUUCAGCAGGAAUCUUAUUGUCACAAAGGAGUGAAAGCACUCAUCAUGCUAUAGGAUUCAGAGCAAGUAACGCAAAUACCUUGACAGAAUUUUAUACCAUAUUUAAGAAGACAACCAAUCGUUGGAGAAGCACAGAGAAAUAUAAUGAGUUUACCUGUAGCAAGUCAAUAGCAUUCACUUCAUUGCUACUGUCUGGAAUGCUAAAGCAUGCUACACAGCUAAAUGAUUUUGGUGAAAAGGUUUUCACUUUGUCACUCUUUAGAGAUUUUGAACAGGAGUUUGGAUACUCUAUGGCAACAACUAUUCAAAUGAUAGGAAGAAAUGAAGAAUGCCUACUUUAUCAGGUAGCCCUAGAAGACAAGCCAUGGUCUGCAAAUCAAGUAAACUAUAUACAUGAGAGCCAGAGUGUAUGGUGUACUUGA